AACUCCCACCCACCCAUGCCCUGCUACGAGGCGGAUCUCUUGGAGAAAGGUGUGACACCUCGAUUUUUCAUGUGUCCUAAGGAAAGCAAGGAUGACCAAGACUUCAUAAUCCAUCCUUUGCUCCUCAGUAGACCUGCUAUGACACAAAUGGAGGAGCAGGAAUACAGAGUGGUAAGGGAAGGAGCCCUAGGGAGAAUGUGAGGAACCAGCCUCCAGUCCUGGCCCUGUCCUUGCCACCUGUGAAAUUCUCCGAGCUUCAGUUUCCUCAUCUUUAACAUGAGAACUCAAGGCUUGAGGUUUUCCCUAAUGUACUGGACCUAAAGUUCUGCGGUGACUAAGGUACAUCCUGUGUGCAGUGCCUCCUUUAAGCGAGCCCUCUGCAAGCCUGGGUGGAAUUGUCAGCUCUUCUGUGAGGGAAAAAGCAUCACCGUGGCAUUGAAGUGGCUUUAAUGGUCAGCUCAGAUAUGAAAGGAUCUAAGAUAGGAGUUGUGACUUACAAAACAGCUCCAAAACCACAGAGGCUGGUCACAAAGUCACAGAUGCUCACAUUGAAGGGCAUGAGGGACACUUGUCCUUGGAUUCUAUCCCUCCUCCCCAUCCCCGAGGACUGGAGUAGACUGAGGGAACUGCAGUGCUGUGGACAAAGGCCAUGGGUAGAGAGAAGGGCUGUGGAAGGGCUUCUGUCAGGAUCUCCACAGUCUUUUGGCCAGAAAUUCCUUACUGAUGGUGCAAUGAAGGGGGAUCACCAACCAAACUCACAAGAAACAAAGUGGGAAUCAGUCAUCCAGUAACAAAUGUAAAUGCUGAGCUGAUUCUCAUCUUCCUGGCCUCUGCUCAUCGCAUUCCCACCAUAAAGGACUCGAUGCAGACAAAUUAUCAGAAAAUUAUUAUACAAGCCCAGAAUUGGAGCCGGGGGAGUGAGUGAGGUGAUGCCAGUGGCCAGCGUCACUGAGUAGGGCACCCUGAAGCCCCCAAGGACACCACAGGAACAAUUCAGGGACAGGCAGAUCUGGCCAGGGGAUCCCACUUCCCUGGUUAGUGCUGGACCCAUGCAGCACAACUCAGGCUUCCUUUUCAUGGUCCCCAUGUACUCCCAUCUUUACACACUGCUCUGGGUUACUUCAACUUACACAUCCCUUCUUUUAAGUGUGUUAGCUAUUGCUCUGGCUAAAACUAUUUCAUAUAUCAUGGUUUGAUUAGAUUUCCAGGGUCUGCUUUUCCUGAUUUUUAUUUAAUAUAUCCUGACUUUUAAUAUAACUCCAGUAGACAGUGAACUUUAUCCCUUAGACACUGAUAUUAUAAGUUGGCACAUCAAAGGAUAAAUUUAAUGACAAGUUAUGGAAGUAUGUCAUUGUAGUUCCCAGGUAUUGAUCCCUAUAAUCAUGUGUUUGCUGUCCUCAGUUUUCCUGAGGGUAGAGGAGAGAAUUUAAAAUGGAAGUCGCCAACCAGUCCAUUGUGGCAGAAUUUGUCCUGUUGGGUCUGUCAGAUCAGCCAAAGCUGGAGAAAACGUUCUUCGUGCUCCUCCUGUCAAUGUACCUGGUGAUCCUGCUGGGCAAUGGGAUCCUCAUUCUGGUGACCAUCCUUGACUCUCAGCUGCAUACGCCCAUGUACUUCUUCCUGGGGAAUCUCUCCUUCCUGGACAUCUGCUACACAACAUCUUCCAUCCCUCUAGUCCUGGAUGGCUUCCUCACUCCCAGGAAAACCAUCUCCUUCUCAGGCUGUGCUGUACAGAUGUUUCUCUCCUUUGCCAUGGGAGCCACAGAGUGUGUGCUUCUGGGUAUGAUGGCAUUUGAUCGCUACGUGGCCAUCUGCAACCCCCUUAGAUACCCCGUGGUCAUGAGCAAGGCUGCCUAUGUGCCCAUGGCUGCCAGCUCCUGGGUGGCUGGGGGAGCCAACUCCCUGGUGCAGAUCUCUCUUGCAGUACAAUUACCCUUCUGUGGGGACAAUGUCAUUAACCACUUCACCUGUGAGAUCCUGGCUGUCCUGAAGUUGGCCUGUGCUGACAUCUCCAUCAAUGUGAUUAGCAUGGGGGUGGCCAAUGUGAUCUUCCUGGGGGUCCCAGUUCUGUUCAUCUUUGUCUCCUACAUCUUCAUCCUCACCACCAUCCUGAGGAUUCCCUCAGCUGAGGGCCAGCAAAAGGCCUUCUCCACCUGCUCUGCCCACCUUACUGUGGUGGUCAUCUUCUAUGGAACUAUCCUAUUCAUGUAUGCAAAGCCCAAAUCAAAGGACCCCCUGGGAGUGGACAAGCAGGAUGUUUCAGACAAGCUCAUUUCUCUCUUCUAUGGAGCACUGACCCCCAUGCUCAACCCCAUCAUCUACAGCCUCAGAAACAAGGACGUGAAGGUUGCUGUGAAGAAACUGGUGACUCAGAAAUGCUUUGCCCAGUGAUAGUGGGAUGAAGCAGUGUAUCUUGUGGUUCUG